AUAGGAGAAUGCGACUGUCGAGGCGGAACAUCGCAAGAUUCCUGUCACGUCCGAACAGAUGAAAGUUCUCACAAACGCCAUGGCCAAACUCGCCAUGACUGUGAAGGCAACGGGCAAGAAUGUGGUACAAGACUCUUCAGAAGUGGAACCGGCGCGAGACGCGCUGAAAGAGAAGGAGAUUGAGGACAAGAAGGCCGGAGAGCUGAAUAAGAAGCAGGCCGAACGUACAUUAUUGAAGAAGCACUACACUGAUCGUGUCCUGGAAGGACUCGCAGCUAUCGCUGAGCGGUACAAUGGAGGUGAUAUGACUCCGCUGGAUGCUGCUGAACUGCUUAUACUUCGGAGAGCCAAUGCCAUCAUACCAGAGCGGGGGUUUACAUUUGUAAACAUCACCCAGGUGGAGAAGACACUGUUGUUGAUCGGGGCGGCGGUUGCGGCUCUCCUUAGUACAACAAGGCCAGUUGAGUUGGCAAAAAUGGUACAAACACAAGCCGGUGAGAUGCUGAUGGUAAUGCAAGAGUACAUCCCGCACGCGUUGAACUGCCUGGAUGGUAUAAUGGCGUACCACAAACUCAAUCAGUCAUCGAAUCACAAUACGAAGUCGCACCAGGACGACAUGGUGGACCCAGAUGUGUAUGACGAGACGAAGAAAGAACUGAAUGCGAAGAAAAGUGAUUUGAAUCGGAUCCGCGAACGUGUCAAGUCACUGCGCGCCGACUACGGCAAUGUGCGGUCACAGUGGACUGCAGCAAUCAAUAUUGAGAAGAAAAAAGUUGGUAUGGACUUGAUUCCGGAGAAAGCACGUGCGCUGGAUAUAGAGAUCCAGACCCUCGUGGAAGAGUUGGUACCAACUCGAGAGGAGGAAGCCUCGAAGGAGUCAGUCAGGGCUUUCAUUGAGUCCAUACUGAAGGAGUGGCUGCCCGACAGUGAAGUACUUCUGUUCGGCUCUUCUCAGAGUGGGUUGGGAUUCAAGGGCUGCGAUCUAGAUAUGUCCCUUGUAGUUUCGCCCAAGGAUCUGACGAAACAACCGACGCUUUCGCCGGAGCUGCAGGGUUGCAAUGAAGAUCUGUACAAGGCCGAUACCCGCGACGUGCUGCCUCCAAGAAAGGAUUCUGAAGACAACGAGAGCCCUCUCGCAGAUAAUGACACUCCCGCAGAUGGGACUCAAAAUGAAGGUGGGAAUGACAAGUCAAAAGAAACAGGUGACGCUACAAAGACUGCCGAGACCAAGGGACUGUCUUCUGAAGGCAAAGUGGUUCUGGCCAUGAAGAAAAUAUUCUCGGCGGUCAAGCAAGACAGGGUCUUUACAGAUAUCCUUGCCAUCACCACUGCUCGCGUGCCGAUAAUCAAAUUCGUACACUCGCCUACGGGUUAUGAGUGCGACAUCUGUAUUAACAACACCUUAGCUGUGCAGAAUACCACUCUGCUGCGACUGUACGCCCUGUUCGACCGCCGCGCGCGUGAGUUGAUGCUGGCAGUCAAAUGGUGGGCCAAGCGCCGGGGUGUCAACAACUCUGCUGGCGGAACCCUCAGCUCAUACGCAUACGUGAUUAUGACGAUACAUUUUCUGCAACACGUCAAGGUGCUGCCAAACCUACAAGACGCCCGCCUGUGUCGGGACAAUGCGGCGAAGCACUCGGACGGAGCUGUCUUCUGUGAGGACCUCAAACGAGCCGAACGGGUCUUAGCGUACCGCAACCCAAGCACCAUCGGAGAAUUGCUGAUGCAAUUCUUCAACUACUAUGCGUUCAAUUUCAGUAUCUCGGAACAAGCCGUGACGAUACGAGCGUCGCAGCUGAGGAAGAAAACGUAUAGGCCGAGCACGCAACAACGCCGGUGGAGGAUUACUGUUGAGGAUCCGUUUGAGAAUGAGCACGAUCUGGGGUCGGUGGUGUUCGAUCAUCAAGGCAUGGUAGAGAUUGUGACCGAAUUCACUCGCGCGUGCUAUGAGGUGCAGAGUGGCUCCUUUGUGGACCAUGUGGCUGUGCCAAAGGAGGGUGUAGAGAAAAUCGUUCGCAGAUGCAACGCUUGCGCAGAUGACGACCAUGCGUCUAAACACUGUCCACUCGACGCGAAGAUAUGCCGUAACUGCGGUCUGGAGGGGCAUAUAAUGGCCAAAUGCCCUGAGCCUCCAGGCCGGACUGCGGGGAUGUGCUUUAAGUGUGGUAGGAACGGUCACUGGGCUCGUGACUGCCCUGGCGUGCCACAGAGAAGCAAUAACAUCAAUCGAAGGGGAGAUAAUAAUAAUAAUAACAAUAAUCCAAGGGGAUAUAGGAAUGAGAGGAAUGAGGGGAAUAGACGCGACGCUCCUAGAAACGGCCGACCAGACAACCGGAACGCACAGCAGAAUCAUCGAAUGGGAGAUAGGGCCAGAGGCGAUGGGCCGAUUCCGCAUCCGCAACAAGGCCGUCGGCAGUCACACACGCGCGAUCGAUCACCUCAGCAGCACAACCACAACUCACCGCAACAACCCAACAAAGCCACCCAACAACGUAAGAAUGCGCCGCUUUUGGAGAACGCGCCACAACAACACACCAAUGACAGCAACGUGGCCCAGCAACGUAGCGCAGGGCAACAGCACAGUAUUACCACGCAGCAACGUCGCGACAACGCACAGCGCCCCAAUGGGCGAGAUGCACCCCAACCCAGCCACCCACACAACAACCCGGCACAGGGGAAGGAUAACGGUAGUAAAAACGACAGUGUGCACGUUAGUGGGUCUGUACAGCAACAGAGAGGAAGUGUUUUUACGAAGGCUCUCACCGGAUUGCGCAGCAAUGAGGCCACGGCACCGAUAGCCUCGGACGUUGUGAAGCAGACGUCCAGAACCGCAAUAGACUCUGGAGGUGGUGAACAAGAUAGCACAACGAAGGGGAACGGCAGCAUGAUCGUCUUGACUAAGAACACGAAGCGUGGCAGUAAUAGUAAUAGCGGGGUAGGUAAGAAAACCAACGGCAUAGCUCGUGGGGACGAGGCGAAGUUGGGAAAGCACGCGAAUGCGGAGCAGCAAGCUCAGACCGGACCGACUACACGUGGGAAGGGGCAGACGAAUACCAGAAAGAAAUUCAAUGUGGAGAAUAAGACUGAAGGCGCUGAUACAUCGGGUGCUAAAUUCGGAGGGGGUUUCAGUGCCGGUGCGCAAGUGGGCAGAGGUGAGGUGACGCAGGGGAACGCUGAGAUGGCUGAGAAGAAGAAGCGGAAACCCAAGCCCUGGAAGAGUAUCAAAGAGGUACAACCAGCACAGGAACAAUAAACGGGUGGCACGUGGUAUAUAGGCGGCUGGGAAAGCUACUUCUGUACUUCCCUGAUGUUUGCUGCUGCUGUGUUGAUCGGGCGGCAAGACUCGCCCACCCAUCAGAUUGGUUAGCCGGUAUCGAUCGGACGUAUUGGGCAUACCUUGUGAUCUCAAAUAGUCAGCACAUAUUGACGAGUGUUGGCCAGCUAACUAGCUUGAACAAGUGGGUGAAUCUGUGUAGUAUACGUGGGUCAACCUGCGGCCGAAAUUCACGGUUCUUCACGUCUCAUUGCGAUCAAUACCAAUACGGGUAAAAACUGGGGUUUCCGUAUGUAAGCUAUUGCUGGCUAAAUUGUAUUUAGAUAGUCGAUGAUCUGGGGCACUGCGGGCAAAAGCUUGUAUGCUGGUUAUCAGAAUAUCGAGGACAAUGAAAUUUAGAUCAUUGAGCAGAGGCGAAGGAAUUAUAAAUCACGAAGCAUGCCAUGUCGUAUAUAAACUUUUAGUACCUAAACGAUACUCCAACUCAAUUUAGAAGCAAUGCAUAAUAAUUAAUGAGCGCGAAUAUAUGAACCUUCGG